GGCGAACCUCCAUUAUUGCAUCCCUUCAACUCUCGAUAACCUCCGGCCCUCCUACCACCCUCCUUAUCUCCAAUCCUCGGAUUCAUUUCUGAUCAAUCCGCAAUGGCAUCCACUAAGCCUAUUGCAAGGCUGGUCGCAUACCGCCGGCCAUCGCCUUACCUUUUGACUUCUUCCCUCCGGCCCGUGGGUUCGACCGCAAACUUCUCGUCCUCGGUGUCCCGGGCAGCUACGCCUUACGGCCCCCCUCAACCUGGCUUCCGAUUGCCCGCUCCCCAGCGAUGGGAUCAGGGCGCUGAAACCUCGGUGGAUAAGGCCAGUAAGUACUUUUUGCUGGCAGAGAUGUUCCGGGGUAUGUACGUGGUGUUGGAACAGUUCUUCAGACCACCAUACACCAUUUACUACCCCUUCGAAAAGGGUCCCAUCUCGCCUCGUUUCCGUGGUGAGCAUGCCCUUCGUCGUUACCCCACCGGUGAAGAGCGUUGCAUCGCCUGCAAGCUUUGCGAAGCUAUUUGCCCGGCCCAGGCCAUUACCAUUGAAGCCGAGGAACGUGAGGACGGAAGUCGCCGGACGACAAGAUAUGAUAUCGACAUGACCAAGUGUAUCUACUGUGGCUUCUGCCAGGAGAGUUGCCCAGUUGACGCGAUUGUCGAGACCUCCAACGCUGAAUAUGCCACCGAGACUCGUGAAGAACUGCUGUACAACAAGGAGAAGCUGCUGGCUAACGGUGACAAGUGGGAGCCCGAAAUUGCCGCUGCCGCCAGAGCUGAUGCUCCCUACCGGUAAAACCAGACCGAUACCAUAAUACAAUUCAAUUCGAAUACCCAGUUCCUGGUUCUCCUUGCGAAAAGCAACCACCAAAAGAAGGAAAAGGAUCUAGAAAAUCUUUUCUGUUUUCAUCUUGUACAUACAUAUCACUUCAGUCUGUCGUAUUAGCAAACUGUACUAGUCGCGCCAGGGAGGAUCUCGGUUCAAAUCUUUCUGUACUCUGUUACGAAGUCCAAUUCAAUCUCGUUUGAAUCAACUGCAGGUAUUCAGUCAGAUGUGCUAGUAUUGAAUUCACUCAUCUUCAAACGGCCGUUGACCCUUGGAUGUAAAUGGCCA